CACACGAAGAAGAUGCAGGAUGAUGGCUCCUGACAGCAGGGACGGCACUACUUCAUGUGCUUGCAAAGGAAUAAGGCGGUGUCUGAUAUGCGAACAUUUAACAGGAAAGGGACAGUUGGAGGCAAAUAAACCAAAGAUUGUGCAUCAUUUCCUCUACAAUCCUGAGACGAAGCUUGCAGAAGAUGCCGAGGGUGCAUCCUUCACGUUUCCUGGUGUCUUCCUGUGGGAGAACUUUAUAUCCGAAGAGGAGGAGAAGGAGCUGUUAAACCACAUCGACCAGGAUGUGUGGAAUGAGUCGCAGUCCGGUCGAAGGAAACAGGACUUUGGACCAAAAGUGAACUUCAAGAAAAGAAAAGUGCGAUUUGGUGGCUUCAGUGGACUUCCCGCCUUGAGUCAAAAACUAGUGCUCCGGAUGAAGCUAGAGCCAAGUCUGUCAGACUUUCAACCUGUGGAGCAGUGCAAUCUGGAUUAUCAUCCUCAGCGAGGUUCUGCCAUCGAUCCACACCUGGACGACUCGUGGCUGUGGGGGGAGCGUUUGGUCACCAUCAACAUGUUAUCGAACACCACACUCACCAUGUCCCUUGAAGAGGGUCUGCCAGGGUUCGGCUUAGCAGAGGAAGUCCAGGUAGCUGUGCAUCUUCCUCGCAGAUCUUUAGUGGUGUUAUACGGCGAGGCACGGCAUAGAUGGAAACAUGCCAUUCACAGGGAGGACGUUCAUGAGCGCAGAGUCUGCAGCACCUACAGAGAGCUUUCUUCAGAGUUCCUACCUGGAGGGCAGCAGGCAGAGCUGGGAGCUCAGCUGUUGAACAUUGCUUUGAGCUUCAAAGGAACCCCAAUAUAGACUCAGCUGAUGAGGCAGAGGAGAUUUUCAGGCGCCCGUAGACAUGGUGGAACUUUUGCAUUUCAACUAAAAUGAAAGGCAAAACUUGUUUUAAAGCUUAUGGUGCCUCUUGGGACAUUUUGCCUCAAAUUGCAGACUUGAAGUCAAGUUGUGGCGUUGUUCUAAUGGACAAAAUCCUGUCAAAGAUAAUUAAAGGGACUGCACUCAGGCUUUGUUUCACCUGUUAACAGUCAACAUUAAUCCAAAGACUUGAUACAGUGAGCUUUUGCACCUUCAAAUAUAAAUAAUGAUAUAUUUUUUAUAUGAAAAUGCGCUGUCAUCUAAAUCCAAAUGUAAUUGUUAACCUUAUUUGGGAUUUAUUUUUGAGAAAUGUAACCAUGGUGUGCAUAUAUAUUCAUAAAGCAAAUUAAUGCAGAAUGAAAGGUAAAAAGUAACAUAACAGCAUUUUUUCAUCGUGUGCCUCAAGACCUGAGACGUUGUACGAUAUACGUGAUAUGAGUGGGACAAAAAAGUUUUUCUUGAUCUUGCCUUUCAACACUGUUUUUUAAAUCUGUAAUGUUUGAAUAAAAAAUAAAAAUUUAAAGUAAAACUUGUAAAGCAAAAUAUCUAUCCAGAAACAGUCAUACAGAAACUUAAUGUUUUAACUGCUAGCGAAGGUCUAAAAGGUAAAUCAGGUCAAUUUUUCCCCCAGUUAUUUUAGAUACAAUUGUUUUGUUCUUCUAAAUUUUGAAACAUUUUCUGCCAUAUAUUCUUUCUCUUGCCUUGCUUUAAGUUAUAAAAGUGUAUAUCUCGGAGCGUGCAAUUUUAAAGGAAAAAAUAAGAAACCCCCAAAUACUCCAGAAUGUUUUUCAAGUCUUUAACAUGUUUUUUAUUUAUUCUAAUAAUUUUUGUUCUCAUCCUUGUCUCCUAUUUUAAACAUUCAUUGAUUUAAAUGUAUUUGUCCUGCAGCUGUGAGGUGUGUCUGUAACAAACGUCAGCAUUUCUGUGCUUAACGUAGCUGUAAUGUUUAGACUUGGCCACGCAGGAGCACUGCUGGCUGCAGCUGAUCUGACGCCGAGCUGCUCAGCUGCUGCAGUGAAGAGAAGCAUCAUUAAUAAAGGAGUGGCUGCUGAAGUGAAGGUCAUCAUCCCUCUGCCGUGCUGCUGCAGCUCACAUGUUGUAAUGCACACAUUUAAAGGACCACACAGGUGUGUUUUUUAACACUGAGCUCAUAAAUGAUCCAUAAUGUGAACAUGAUUUGAUCUCUGAAUAUGUUCCUAUAACUCUAAAUCUGUAAUUGAUUUUCAGUCAUGUCACUACAACCAUCAUCACACCUACUAGCGAACAAAACGGAAAACAAUCAAAGAUGGAGUCUAACAGCAGAUUUUUUCCCCCCCAAGAAACAGUAUUCUUGGAUGGUGAGAAAUAACUUUGCAAACCAUUUACAAUAUUUUUUUCUACUGUUCAUUCAAACUGUUUUGCAUCUGUUUAACAGUUUGAUAUCUAUAUGCACAUUUUUUUGUCCUGUAACUGGAACACAACUAUUUCUGUCCGAAUAAAAGGCUUUAAAAACA